GGCGGUGCUCAGGGUUUUCUUGUGUCGGCCCCCCACCCCCCCCCGUCCAUGUGCCAGUCACUUCGGUCACCCGCUGUUGACUGCAUCCGUCUCAGUCAGCCGCUUAUGACUGCACCCACACACGAGGCGUGACGGUUGGUGUAACAAUUCUUAAGACAUGUUGCUACUGCACAUCUCUGUCCUGACAUAAAGCCGUGAUUUGAACUCGGUUCAUUCGAUGUGAUUUAUUUGUGUCGCUUCAACACGGAUGUGAUUUAUUGAUGACGUACGAUUCUCUGUGACGUACGUGUUGGUAUGACGCGGUGAUCUGAUUUAUUGAUGACGUACGGUUCUCUGUGACGUACGUGUUGGUAUGACGCGGUGAUCAGUGCCAGGUUGUAUUGCCACGAGAGAACGAGGGCCACACACAAGUGUCAAGAUGUACAUUGGAUAGACUCGGUCAUCACAAACAGCUCACAGCACUAACAGCAGGGAUACGGUUGGAAAGUUACCUGCUCUCCUGGUCACGUACGUAGACCUGUUGGAUACUUGCAUCCAUAACCUGGAUACUUACAUCCAUUGACCAGAGGCUGGAUACUUACAUCCAUUAACAGAACCUGGAUACUUACAUCCACUGACCAUAUGCUGGACACGUAUAUUGACCAGGGAUGUGGGUCUUGAGACAUGCAUGAAUUCCUCAAGAUGCAGUGCUAUCCUGAUUUCACGCCCCCUAACAUGGCCCUGGCCAAGACGAACCCAGUCCUGUGUGGGGCGGCCAAACGAAAGGCCAAGUCCAUCGACUCGUCUGCUGCCCAGAUCCAGCAACAGAACCUCCUGAUGAUGGUUGCCCAGCAACAGGGUCAGCUCCAGCAGUCGCUCCAGCAUCCCGGCCUGCCCCGCGCCCUGCAGGAGAUGAUGCAACAACACACGAUGGCAAUGCAGCAGCAACAAGACUACCAGACCCUGAGCGAGCAGCUGCAGCUGAACAUCAUGCAGCAGGCCCAGAUGAUCAAAGACAGCAGCUCGGGGAAGGGCCUGAAGCCCUCCCACAGCAGCCAGAGCUUCCAGACCCUGCUCCUCCAGCACCAGCAGCUCAUGCAGCAGAUGCAGCUCUUCCAGCGGCCGUUCGCCCUGGCCGCCAGCAUGUUGCCGCACCUCGGUCUGCAUCAAGGUAUGAUGUCGCCUGCCGACAUCCAGCAGAUGUGGAAGGACGAGCCGAUGGCAUCAGGACUUGACGACAUCAAGGCCGUCAAUGGGAUGAGCCCAGCCACCACCUGCCACAGCAGCAACAGCUACACCAACAGCUACAGCAACAGCUACAGCAACAGCAACGGUCUCUCCAGCAAGCGGACAUCGCCAUCAUACCAUAACGGGGAUAUGAACGUCUUCAACAAUAUCAAGUCAGAAACCAACGCAGUCGCCACAAACUCGUCAUCGUCGUUAUCGUCGUCGUCCAAAGAUCAUCUCUCAAACGGCACCAGUCCGUCCCCCACCCACCCCCUGUAUGUAAACAACUGCUGUAAGUGGCCCAACUGUGACGCGCAUAUAACAGAGUUCAAUGAGUUCAUCAGACACCUGAACACGGAGCACCAGUUGGACGACCGCAGCACUGCCCAGUCACGUGUCCAGAUGGAGGUGGUCAGUUCUCUCGAGUCACAGCUUGCAUUCCAGAAGAAAGUCCUGAAGGCUAUGACAGACCACCUGUGUCAGCAGACCACAGCUGCACCACCACAACCGUCUCACCCACAACCACAGCCAACCACAAUACCCUCCCCCUUCUCUUCAUCCAUGUCUGUGACAUCAUCACAGUUAUCACCCAAGUCACAUGACAUGAAGCACAACAUAGCAAUAUCAUCUUUAAUGUCGAAGCCCUCCAUGAUCAACCCGUUCACCGGAACGUUCCUGCCCCCUGUCUCAAUGGUCCCCAGCCCCAUCAUGCACCGCCCCCCUCCCAUGGUCAGCACCCCAGUCACCCACCACACCUCCUCGUCUCUUCCACCCACCCCCAGCAGUGGGGGAGGGAGCAGUCGGGGUGGGGGUGAUGGGGGAGGUCCAGUCAGGAGGAGAGUCUCAGAUAAAUGCAAUCUUCCAAUUUCUGCAGAAAUCCAAAGAAACCGUGAGUUUUACAAAAACACAGACGUCAGACCACCGUUCACAUAUGCCUCUUUGAUACGACAGGCUAUCAUUGAGUCGCCCCACAGGCAGCUAACGCUGAAUGAAAUCUACCAAUGGUUCCAGAACACAUUUGCAUAUUUCCGACGAAACGAGGCCACAUGGAAGAAUGCUGUGCGUCACAACCUAAGUCUGCACAAAUGUUUUAUGCGCGUCGAGAACGUAAAGGGGGCAGUCUGGACAGUGGACGAGGUAGAAUUCUACAAACGUCGACCGCAAAAACUGGGGGCAGGCCCUGGCUCCAUGAAAACUCCCACAAUGUCAGACACUUCCCCCUACAACGAAACACUCAUCAGGGCUGCCAUGAGUGACGUGGGAUUCAUGAAGCACAACUUGAUGCCAGACCAGGAGAGUGCUCAGGAUCUGUCCAUGAAGUCAUCCAGUCAUGACCCUUUUGGGAGAUUUGAUGAGAUGAUGAUGAUCAAACAGGAAGUCCAUGAGAACUAUUCAGACCUGGACCUGAGCACCUCACAAAACAUGCCAAGCUCACGCCAUCACUCCCCCUCCCCCCAGCACCCUGACAUUCAUGACCCCCAGGGUAUUGAGGUCAAAGGUGGCCAGAUGGUGAUGGUGCCAGAUUUGAUGGACCACUACGACAGCAGGGAGGACCUGGAUGCUGAUGAAGAGGAGGAGCGACGAAUUGAGGAGGAGAGGAGGAUGGAGGAGGAAGAGAGGAGAUUGGAGGAGGAGGAGAGGAGGAUGGAGCUGGCAGAGAGAGAUCCCCAGAGACACGUGGAGCGUGGAGAGAGCCGCUACAGCGAGGAUGACGAGCACGCUGAAACUGAGGCGGAGAGGGAGCUGAGAGCAGUUCAGGAGAAGCUGGAGAGGGAGCAGGCGGAGGACAUGAAGCGGGAGAGGUCAGCUCUGACCAAUGGCUACAGGUCACGACCUGACAAUGGUCUCCAGCAGGGCUACGGGUCCAUGCCGUUUUCUCCCCUCAACUCCUCGGAGCACGAGCACCAUUUUCACAGCCGUGCUACAGCUGAGGAGGUGCGGAGCCAGGACCUCGGGGGGGUCAGCCAAGACUCGCCAUUCUACAGCUCAGGGAAGCAACUUCAAAGAUCAGCUGAGACUGAGGAGGUGGAGGACAUGAAAGCACCCAGUCCAACCACCAGACCUUUCAUCGUCCAGUUGCCAGACUCUGGCCCUGUGUUCCCCACCCCUCACCGCCAACCUCUCCUGCCCAGUGUGUCCCCCGUGGAUGCCCAAAUGUCCAGCGUCAUGUAACAAAUGUCCGGCGUCAUGUCAACCACCAUCCCGAACAAUGAGUUGACCAGUGAUCUCACUAAACAGGAGUGGCAUGUCACAUCCAGAAUAUGUCAUGUCUCACUCACUUUUGUGACAUUUUAUGUCACACUUGUUUUCAUGACAUUUCUAAAGCCUGGCUUAUAACUAAUGGUCAUGUGACAUGUCACAUAUCCUCAACAAACUGCUUGACUUGCAGUUGACCUUUUAUACAUGACAUGCCAGAAUAUGACACGUCAUUAUGUUGUAUUUUAUGGGACAGACUUUCUGAUGGAAGACUGUACUCAUCCCAUCCAACAGAUUUCAGACAAUAUUUGAUGGACUACUUAAACCUACAAGCAGCUGUGUCAUGCUGGACGGCUGAUGUUGGAUGGCUGAUGUUGGACGUCUGAUGUUGGAUGUGUGAUGCUUGACGACAGUGAAAGCUGGCUUGUUCAAUCUCUCAGGACUUUGAUAAAUGUGGUUUGAUUUUAUGCCAUGAGACGUUUUCUUUUCCUUGGAUCUAGUUACACAGCUGGGGAUGUAAACGUUGGACUGUGGUGUGAUUGGACUUGGCUAGCUGCAUCAUGGCUAGCUGCAUCAUGGCUAGCUGCAUCAUGGCUAGCUGUAAUUUCUCUCCUCCCCCCCCC